AUGUCAUUAUUGACCAAUAGGAAACGACCAAGGGGCUACAGUGAAAACUUUGCCAACCUGCAAUCAGCAGCACUUAAUUCGUCAUAUCAGCUGCAGUUACAACAGCAACAACAACAACAACAACAGCAGCAGCAGCAACAUCAACAACAGCAGUAUUUGCAACUGCAAGGUCCGCGAUUUGACUCAGCGCAAUUUGAUCAGUCGAGUCUGCAUGUCUCAAUGCACCCUUUUGAGGGUGCAUCAGCGGGUUCAAUCGUUCAGAAUUCAAACUUUGGGUAUAACAAUUCUGUGGUUGGAUUCAGCCCUCAGUUGCAGGCAAAGAAGUCUAAAUUCAGCAAUCCGUUUUUGCUGGUGGAAGAGAAUGAUGCAAUCAUAGAUGACCAAGAAGGUGAUACUUUUGUCUUGGAUGAUGUAGAUGAAGGCGGUGCCCGGGGCGAUACUGCGAUAACUGGCGAAGAUGGUGACGAAUAUGAUGAAGAUAUCAUUAUAAUUGAAGAAAAGGAUAUUGUGCCUCGUGGUAAACGAAAUAAUAGUGAUUCUAUUUUGAUUAAUCCAGAUGCACAAGAAGCAUACAAUCUUUUCAAUGUUAAUCAAUUUGAGAUUGAUAAAACUACGAGAGAUAAGAAGCAGCGGACAAGCUCACUACCUCAAUUACCUCAAGUCAAGUGUUUCUACAACAAACUACCCAACAAUUAUAUACUACAGACACCCAAGUUGGGCAAUAUCAAGACCAAUGUCAUUCCACAUCAGAAUAACCUACCGCCUUGUGAUGAUGAAAAUGGCCAUUAUAUCAUUAAGAUCAAUGAUAACUUUGCAAAUCGUUUUGUGAUUGUUAAAUUGUUGGGUCAGGGAACAUUUGGAAAAGUUGUGCAAUGCUUUGAUAAGGUCAAUAGGGAGCAGGUUGCGAUAAAAAUUAUUCGCAAUAUUCAGAAGUAUAGAGAUGCCGCCAAGAUUGAAUUGAGAAUACUAUCAACGUUGAAGAAGUUUGAUAAUGCAAACAAGAACCAUUGUAUCCAUUUACGUGAGUGCUUUGACUAUCGUGGUCACAUUUGCAUAGUUACGGACUUGUUGAAAAUUUCGUUGUAUGAUUUCUUGGAAAAUAACAAAUUCAUUUCGUUCCCUGGAAGCCACAUCCAAGCCAUAUCGAAACAGUUGAUACGAUCGGUUACAUUUCUUCAUGAUUUGAAUUUGAUACACACCGAUCUCAAACCCGAAAAUAUAUUGUUACACGAUGACUCCUUCACAAAGAAACAGUUGUAUAGCUCCACCAUCAAAAGCGCAUACUUAAAUCUUGCAACUACAGCAGCAUCCCCAAAGAGCAGUACAAAGAGGGCUCCGAAGACUUCGAAAGUGCUAAAGAAUCCAUUGAUUCAAGUAAUUGACUUUGGCAGUGCCAUUUUCAAUGAUGAAUACCACUCGCUGAUUGUUUCAACGCGACACUAUCGUGCGCCUGAGAUUGUUUUAGGAACAGGCUGGUCGUUCCAAUGUGAUAUGUGGUCUAUUGGUUGCAUAUUGGUUGAGCUAAUCAUUGGCGAGCCGCUUUUCAAGACUCAUGACAAUUUGGAACAUUUGGCAAUGAUUGAAAAGAUUGCUGGGUACAGGAUUGAUAAGGAGAUAGUGAAGUUGUCGAAGAUGAACGAAAAUGAGUGUGGACUUGAGUAUUUUACAAAUGAGUAUGUUGACCUUUCGGAGGAUGGCAGGCUACAUACCUCUGCUCAGGAUUUGCCAUCAAGAACAACGUCUAUAUCGUCUUCCUCUGAUGACGAGGAUGAUGACGAUGAGGCAGAGGUUGUGCGAAAUGUUGGUGCAGUGGGAAUUGAUAGUGAUCCAGACUUUGAUAUAACUCGUCGUCAUCGUCGUCGCAAUGUACACGACAUUGAAGAAUCGGACGAUUCUGAUGACGAUGUCAUCUUUGAUCAAGAGAGGACUGUUGCCAACUCUUUGAUUUUGAUGUUCCCAACCGCGUCAACACCACAAAAGUUUAUCAAUGCUGUGGAAGAGUUAUCUAGGAUUGAUUUGUUUAUCAGUUCGAGAAUUGGGUUAAGGAUAGAUUUCGACUACUCGUUGAACCAGAAUUACGAGGAGAACAAGCACUUAAUUAAUUUUGGAAAUUUUACAUUUUGGUGGUUCUUUAUCGAUUUGUUGAAGAAGUUAUUUGUCAUUAACCCAAGAAAUCGAAUUACAGCGUUGGAGGCUUUAAACCAUCCGUGGUUCAAUUUAGGUAUACAAGAUGAAGGUACGGUAUAG